AAAUACAAUCUAGUAUCUUUUUAUAAAAAGACCUCUGAAGAUAUAACUAAAGAUUUUGUAGAAAAAUAUUCUCAAAAAGAGAUGCAAAAUGUGUAUAGUACAUUAGUUCAAGCUGUAAAUCUUCUUGAUGACUUACAUGAGAAUUAUAGAUUUAUAGUUAUUGGAGACUCAUGA